AAGGAGGAUCAAGACACUCACACGCUGCGAAGAGUGGGCAACAACUUGGAUCAGCAUGACUCGAGCACGAAGGAGGAUCAAGACACUUACAUGCUGCUAAGAGUGGGCAACGACUUGGAUCAGCACGGCUUGAGCUCGAAGGAGGAUCAAGACACUCACAGCCUGCGAAGAGUGGGCAACGACUUGGAUCAGCAUGGCUCGAGCUCGAAGGAGGGUCAAGACACUCACGUCCUGCGAAGAGUGGGCAACGACUUGGAUCAGCACGACUCGAGAUCGAAGGAGGAUCAACACACUCACCAACUGCGAAGAGUGGGCAACGACUUGGAUCAGCACGGCUCGAGCUUGAAGGAGGAUCAAGACACUCACAACCUGCGAAGAAUGGGAAACGACUUGGAUCAACAUGGCUCGAGCUCGAAGGAGGAUCAAGACACUCACAGCCUGCGAAGAGUGGGCAACGACUUGGAUCAGCAUGGCUCGAGCUCGAAGGAGGAUCAAGACACUCACAGCCUGCGAAGAGUGGGCAACGGCUUGAAUCAGCAUGGCUCGAGCUCGAAGGAGGGUCAAGACACUCACAGCCUGCGAAGAGUGGGCAACGACUUGGAUCAGCAUGGCUCGAGCUCGAAGGAGGGUCAAGAC